UCUCUCUCUUAUUUUUGCAGUAUAUUGGACUUGUAUGCAGAUAGUAGUAGUGAGAGCUACUAGUACACCGGCGACCGGCGACCGGCGACGACAACGGCGACGGCAAGAGAUGAAUCUACUUCGUUUUCUCUCCUUCCUAUUCUUAUCCGGUUUGAUACUGGUAUCUGCUUCAGAAGAUGAACUCCGAUCACUUCUCGAGUUCAAGAAAGGGAUCCAACAAGAUCCUCUUCAGAAGGUAUUAAAUUCAUGGAUUCCUUCAUCUGUAGUUCCUUACUCAUGUCCUCAAUCCUUCUACGGUGUUAGUUGCGACGAGAAUGGAAAUGUCUCAUCUAUUUUGCUCGAUAAUCUCGGUUUGGUUGGGGAUUUGAAGUUUAACACCUUGAACGGCCUUACAAUGCUUAAGAAUCUCAGUCUCUCAGGAAAUUAUUUUACCGGACGUCUUGUUUCGGAAUUCGGCUUUAUGACUUCGUUACAGUAUUUGGAUCUGUCAGGAAAUAUGUUUUACGGUACUUUUCCUCCUCGGAUGUAUAAUCUAUGGGGACUGACUUACCUGAAUCUGUCUUCGAAUAAUUUCAGCGGCGUGUUUCCUAGUGGAAUCGAGAGUUUACAGCAAUUGAAGGUGUUAGACGUGCAUUCGAAUGAUUUUUCUGGAUAUAUUCAGGUUUUAUUCUCUGAGCUUCGUAAUGUGGAGAUUGUUGAUUUGAGUAACAACAGGUUUAACGGAUCUCUUUCCAUGGAAUCCUAUAGCAUUUCUGGCUUAGCAAAUACAGCACGUUAUUUGAAUCUGGGACAGAAUAUGUUGGGAGGUGAAUUCUUCAGCAGUGAAUCGAUUUCAUUGUUCAGAAAUUUGCAGGUAUUGGACUUGUCUGAUAAUCAGUUAACGGGAGAGCUCCCUUCAUUCGAUUCAUUGCCUAGUCUUCGCAUUUUGCGUCUAGGAGAUAAUCAAUUAUCUGGGACAAUACCUGAAGAGUUGUUUGAGAACUUACUUCCUUUGGAAGAACUGGAUCUAAGCAGCAAUUUGUUUUCAGGUAAUGUUGGUGUAAUUAACUCAACAACACUGAAGACCUUGAAUCUUUCAUCAAAUGCUCUCUCUGGUUCACUUCCUUCUUCAGUGGGUCAAUCUGUAAUUAUGGAUCUAAGUCAAAAUGCUUUCUCAGGUGAUCUAUCUGUAAUGCAAAUGUGGGAUUCUUCUUCUUUAGAACUUCUUGAUCUGAGUUCAAACAAUAUCUCAGGAACCAUUCCAAGUUCAUCAUCCAAAUUCCAAAACUUAAUCACUCUCAUUAUUAGAAACAACUCACUGGUAGGAAACUUACCCCCUCAUAAUUCUCCGAGGCUGUCGCAACUCGAUCUGAGUAUGAACAAACUCGGGGGAUCAAUUCCACCAUCCCUUUUCACUUCAAUAACCCUUUCAUAUCUGAAUCUCUCGGGGAAUCGCUUUACGGGUUCUAUUCCCUUUCAAGUAUGGAAUUCUCACGAGCUUCUUCUUUUACCAAAUGACCCACCAUUGGAGUUCCUGGAUCUAUCUUAUAACUCCUUAACUGGCGAAUUGCCUUCCGAUAUUAGUUAUAACUUGGGCAGGCUUAAGUUCAUGAAUCUCGCUGUCAACAAUUUGUUAGGAAAAAUCCCGGGUGAAUUGAGUAAGCUUGGAGGAUUAGAGUAUCUUGAUUUAUCGAGAAACAAUUUCAUUGGUCCAAUCCCAACUAACCUCCCAUCGAGUCUGGCGGUUCUUAAUUUGUCUUACAAUAAUCUCUCGGGAUUUGUAUCUGAGGAUUACUUAAGGAAGUUCCCGAUUGGUUCGUUUCGCCCUGGCAAUGUUCUUUUGAUCUUCCCGAGCAAAAAUGAUACUCCGGUUGGAGUUCCACGCGGGGGAAGCAUAAACAAUCGCAGUUGGAGAUCGAGAUUACAUGUAAUCAUUAUCGUUUCAACGAUCCUAGCAACCAUUAUGAUUGCCUUCAUUUUGCUUGCUAUCUAUAGAGUCAGAAAAUGUAGCCAACCAUAUGGAGGAAAUGCAAUAAUUGGAAGAUUUUCCGGGUCAUCUCUUUCCAAGUUGCAAGAAGUUAACGAACCAACCGCCACCCCAACUUCAUUAAGUUUCUCGCAAGAUCGUUUACUAAUUUCGAAUCCAACGCCAUUAUCCGAUCAUUGGGAGGCUAGCACAUCUGCCACAAUUGUUUCUUCACCGGAUCGUUUGGUCGGAGAAUUGGUCUUAUUAGAUGAUUCGUUAGCUUUGACAAACGAGGACUUGUCUGGUGCUAUGGCGGAAGUUUUGGGUAAAAGCAGUUAUGGGACUCUAUACAAAGCCAAUAUGGGCAAUGGGAAUGUGCUGACGGUUAAGUGGUUGCGAGUGGGAAUGGUGAAACACGGGAAGGAGUUUGCGCGGGAAGUUAAGAAGAUCGGGUCGAUUGUUCAUCCUAGUAUUGUUCCUAUAAGAGCAUAUUAUUUGGGAAAAAGAGAAGAAAGGCUUAUUCUAUGUGAUUACAUCCAUGGAGAUAAUUUGGCUCUACAUCUACAUGAGACCACGGUGCCCGGGAAGUAUAUUUCCCAACUAUCCCUACGUCAACGAUUGAAAAUUGCGGUUGAUAUUGCAAGAUGUCUCACUUACCUUCACGAUAGAGGCCUCCCACACGGAAACCUCAAGCCCACAAAUAUCAUACUAAAACGAUCUACCAACUAUAAUAAUAAUCUAGAAGUUCGCCUAGCUGAUUAUGGACUUCAUCGUUUUCUCACCCUAACCGGCAUUUCAACACAAAUACUAAACCUCGGAGCGCUCGGUUAUCUUGCUCCUGAACUUGCUAAACCAACUUCCAAACGUGUCAUGACAUUGAAAUCGGAUGUGUACUCAUUUGGAGUGAUUCUAAUGGAAUUGUUAACUAGAAGAAGUGCUGGUGAUAUCAUAUCGGGUCAGUUGGGUUCGGUUGAUCUAACCGAUUGGGUUCAAGUUUGCUAUGGACAAGGUCGGGGAAGGGAUUGUGUUGAUCGAGAUAUUAUCGUAAGUGGAGAAGAAGAAGGAUUGGACGAAUUGCUCGCGAUUGCGGUUAAGUGUGUUUCGCAUUUCGACGAAAGACCUAAUAUGGGAGAUAUCUUUAAUGAUGUCUCUUCCAUUUCUAUUUGAUUUCAUGAUUUAUUUUGUGAAAAUUGUGUAUAGAUUUUGGUAAUCAGCACAUUUUUUAUUUUUAUUUUUAGUACAUUGAUGUUAAUGGUAGCCAAUAGUAGAGUUAAAGGUGAAGAAUUAUAUCAUAUAUAAUUUACUUAGCUUGAUUUGAAUUUGAAAUAUUUUGGAUUUAUAAGUCAAUAAGUACUUUGGUUUAGUC